UUAAAUUCUAUUAACUUUUUAAAGGAGUUGUGGAGGAAUGGAAUAGCGGACGUUGUAUUGGAUGGUGUGACUACAUAAAGAGUAGAUUUGUAUUCUAUCGAACUAUUUAUCUUUUUUUUUUUUUUGUUACUAAUUUGGAAUGGAUCAAAUGGAAUAUAAGAAUAUGUAAAUUCUUUUUGAAAAAAUUUCUUAGCAAAACAACUUGGAAAUAAGGAUGGAUGCUAUACUCUAAAUUUUUGGCAGCUAAUUGAUUCUAAACAGAAUGUUCAAACGACAAAAAAAAGCAUUAAAAUUCUUCAUCCUUCUCCUGAUACUAUCCACUUUGAUUUAUUCGAGAAUUAAGGUCGAUUCAUUGAUCCCUACGUGGUCUCAUCCUGUAGGACAUUUAUCAAUGCACAACAGAGAAAUGACUCUUAACAAAGCUAAAUGUCUUCCCGUCAGAAAUAUCGCAUUCAUAAAGACUCACAAAACCGGAAGCUCCACCGUUUCUAACAUUCUUCUCAACUUCGGACUAGCCAACAAUCUGACCGCAGCUCUGCCGAACUUCCUGAAAGGCCAUCCCUAUUACAACUACAUCACAAAGCCCAAUGAACAUUUUGUGAAAGAAAUGAUCUGCCCGCUGACAGAUGGUCGUCAAGAGUACAACCUCCUCUUCUACCAUUGUGUGUAUAACAAGACCGCCUUUCGCUCUAUUAUGCCAGAAAACACGGUGUACAUAUCCAUCCUGCGGGAACCUUUUCAGCAGUUUCUUUCAUCCUUUUUCUAUUACCGCAUCGACAUCAGUCUUGUCAAAGAUUUCCCAGAUUUGAACAAUUCCAUGUCAAUUUAUUCGUUCCUGUCAAGCCCUUACAAUUUCACCAAAGAAGAAAACCACUUCACCUAUACCAGAAACAAGCAAGCGGAAGAUCUUGGCUUCAGAGAAGAGCAUCUUCGUAACAAUGAAACUUUAAAGCAAUAUUUGCUUGGUCUGGAAAAAGAUUUCCUGCUUGUCAUGAUUAUGGAAUACUUUGAGGAGAGCUUAUUAUUACUCAGGCGAGCGCUCUGUUGGGAAAUGGAGGAUAUAAUCUACAUACCAAACAAUGUCAACAAAAAAAAGGAAAAGUUAACUUUUGAUGAGGAGUACAUUCAGUCUCAUAGAAGAUUUAGUGUUCUGGAUUAUAUCGUGUAUGAUCAUUUUUUGAAAAUUUUUGAGGAAAAAUUAAACUCCCAAGACGAGUCUUUCAAGGCAGAACUUGACCACUUCAAACGCGUCCUGAACCUUGUUCAACUGGGAUGUGCUACAGGGAAUGAUGUUUGGGUCAAUGAGUCAGUUUGGCAUCAAAGUUUUGUAGUUACGCAAGAGAGAUGUAGACUAAUGACGAUGGGAGAAUUGGACAGUUUAGAUCUUCUGUUCGAGGUUCAAGGAACGAAGAGAACUUUAAACUCGACCCAUUCCGUAAGAACUCUACUAUAUUAGUAGAAUUUACGUUGGUCUGUUUUAUCAAGUAACGCUUUUUCUUAAUAGUUAUAACUAUAUUUCUUUAACUCUUUCUCUCCAUAGCGAUACUAUCGUUCCUUUGACUCCAUUAAAUUCAAUUGAUUUUUUCGUUUUUAUUAACUUCAAUUUGUGUUAUAUAACAAAAGAGCAUGCAUUCACCUUUAAUUAUAUAUCAAACGUAACGUUUUUUGAUUACAAACAAAAAUGUGAUAGAAGUUUAAUCAUAACAGGGCAGACUGCAGAAAUGUCAAAAAUGAACAAUUCUCUCAUCCAUCUAUCAAUCCAUCCCAGUGGUGCUACAGCCCAUGGAGGGCUCUGGCCUGCUUCAACACAUCCUUUCAGAUCUCUCCUGGGCCUUUCGUCUCCACGCCCUAACUCCAAGCUGUUGCAGAUCUGCUUCUACAUCAUCAAUCCAUCGCAUUCGGGGUCUGCCACUGGGUCGUCUGCCUUUUGGUUUUUGCCUGUAUAUAAUUUCCGCUACUCUGUUAUCUGACAUUCUUUUAAUGUGACCUGCCCAACGUAGUCUGUUCAUUUUUAUUUAUUUCGGUCACUAUUGGUGGGUCUUCAUAUAAUUGAUAUAUCUCAUGGUUAGUGCGUGUCCUCCACCCUGUUUCAUCCUGUAUGGCACCAUUGAACAAUUCUCUCAGAAUGUGGAAAAUAAUUAUGAAGAUAAAGCGUUAACAUCGUUAAAAUAAUAUCAUCUACACCCUCAUAAAAUGAAAGCUAUUUAGGUAUGAAUGAAAAGUGGGGGUCAACUAGUGAAUAUCCCUUGGCUCCUGAAUGGAACGUUUCUCCUACCAGAUGUCACGUAGCAUACAGCAGCUGUUACAUUAAAUUUAUUUUUAUAUUUCUGAAGCCUGGUGACGAUUUUUUGGGGGAAAAAAAAGCGUGCUUUCUUGGCACAGAAGCGGAAAGUUAAUUCCAUGACCAUAACAGGAGCGAGGUUAAUUGCUUCCAGAUAUGGUAACAGGUAGAGGAUAAAUAGUAUUUUAAAGAACGGUGAUGGUCAGUUGAGAGCGGAAACAAAGACAGUAAAUUUGUUUCAUUAAAUUGAAUUGUACAUGUACUGUGUGUAUAUUUCAUUAAAGUGAUUCCUAGUUCCAGAA